GACAGGAUCCUCUACGUUCGCCAAACUCUAAUACCACCCAUCCACCAUGGUUGCCAUUAUAUCUCUCGCAUGCCUGUGCCUCGCGAGCUUCGCCAGUGCGCAGCGUCCCUGGAUUCCUAUACCCAUCCCGAUUCCCCAGCCUGCUCCAGCCCCGGCUCCUGCUCCAGCUCCAGCUCCUGCUCCAGCUCCAGCUCCAGCCCCUGCCCCGGCUCCAGUGCCUGCGAUUAGUCCCAGUGUUGUUGCCCAAGCCCAAGCUGCUUGCAACAGUGCUUUUCCCGGCACCGACCCCUUGUUCCGUGGGGAUGGUUCUCCUUACGGUUGUGCUCCCGCCGUUUGCGGUCAGCCUGGUGUUAAUAUCCAAUGCUAAAUUUCCUCGUGUACGUGGAAGUAGUUUUCUCUGAGCUACCUGCCGCUCACUUUGGGAAAGAGGCUGUUCAUUUCAGGACAAUGGGCUUAUGAAGCCGUCAAAGUUGCCAUAUACUGUCAGAUGUCUGUUUUUAGCCUCGACUUUUUCUACGCUCUCUUAGACGCAGUCAUUAAAUGCAUAAAAAUAAUUAGGCAACUUGAAUUGAGAAUGUCCG